AUAAAGAAAAAUACGAAACAUUAGCAAAAGUCGAGCAUCUUUUUAAACUUCAACUUUUGGAUCUUCAAGAAAAUGAAAUUUAUAUUGAUAAUAUAUAUUGGCCAAUCGAGCUUUUUUUUUCUA